UUCUAAUACUGAAACAAAGCAAUAUGAGAUUGCACUUUGUAACUCACUGUCUGUUGCUCAGCACAAUUUUGACAAUUGGAACAAAAGGGGAAACGUUCCACCUUUUGCUAUCAAAAUCGAGAGAACUGUCGUCAUUAAAAUCGGGACACAAAUCAUUAACGACAGAGCCACCGGUAGGUACAUCGCCAUCGGCAGAAUCAUCGCCAUACACACCGUCAUCGACAACAACGACAGAAUUAUCGCUAGACACAUCGUCAUCCACCACAUCAGAAUUCAUGCCAGAUACAUCAUCAUCGACAAUAUCGACAGAAUCAUCGCCAUACACACCGUCAUCGACAACAACGACAGAAUUAUCGCUAGACACAUCGUCAUCCACCACAUCAGAAUUCAUGCCAGAUACAUCAUCAUCGACAAUAUCGACAGAAUCAUCGCCAUACACAUCGUUAUCGACAACAACGACAGAAUUAUCGCCAGACACAUCGACAAUAUCGACAAAAUCCAGUACUACUACAUACACACCGUCAUCGACAACAUCGACAGAAUCAUCGCCAGACACAUCGUCAUCGACAACAAAUACGCCAUCAAAAUCGACUGAAACAUGGACAUCACCAACAUCGACAACAAUAUCGGCAACAACAUCGAUAACAGGGUUUUCAACACUAACAACACCAAAUAAGAAUAAUAUUGAGAGCGAAAAGUUAAAUGUGCAAAUCGAGCAUAUCUUAUAUACAUCCAGAACAGGUCAUUUUAUUGGCAAUACGGAGUUUGAUCAUCAAUCAGCUAUUCUACGACAUGCAGCUAGUCUGGACUCGGAUUUCCUGCACGUAAAAAUACGAGAAUAUUAUAAGUUUUUGAGUUACAAUUCGUUGCGACUAAAAUUGGAAGCUGAUUUACAAAGCCGAAUCGCCGUCACCGAAAGCUAUUUGCAGGCUGAGAAAAUUGGCGACAAAUGCAGAGCGUUCUAUCAGAACCAGAAAUGGGAACUAAGGCGCGCUCUGAAUGAACCCAAUUUCCUCAAGUCGCAUAAACUGAGAUUGCAUAGUGAGAAGUGUCCCCACAAGCAGACCGAAGACAGCGAGGAAACUGAGGAAGAUGAGGAUUUCUGUUUAUUUUGUACCAAUUGGUUUCCAUUUAAGAAAUAAUACCUUAGGCAAAAUAAUAAAUUUACUGGCCGCUGUCUUUGGCUUUCAAUUUAA